GGCACACAGCCCGAGUGCGGUAGGAGCAUGCAACCAUCCACCUCAGACUGGGUUUGGGUUCCACUCCUUGUUUGUGACCUAUCUAGGGCUGAGCGCUCCAUCUCAUCUCUCCAGCGGACAGUGCUGCCUUUCAGGACUGGAUGAAGGCAGAGUGUCCUCGGUGGGAGGAGGGGCACCGGAGGCAGGAGAACUAGAGCCAUUCCAUUAUUAUCAGCCACGUUAGUUGCCUGGGCUGAUGGAUGGAGAGCACGUGGAAGUAACGGGAGAAUGAAGCAAGAACUCACUUGUGUGCAGUCCAAGUACAGGACACGUUGCCCUCCUUCCUGAACGUCUUAACCCAACACCUUCCCGAUUGUCCGUGCACUCCGGACACCUUCUAAUCUCAGUUCCUACUCAGCCAAGGCAGAGAGGUCAGCUGGUAUUACUAAUCCUGCCAUCUCCACGGGAUGGGGGUGAGAAAAGAGGCACAGAUAGAUUUUCCUGUUCUCUCAUGAUCCAGAAUCAUGAGGUCCCUGAUGUACCAGGACCAGAGGGCAGGGCAGGGGGUAUCCAGCCAAUUAGGACUAUAGACAGGGAAGAACCGGCAAAAGAGUGGGGGUAACAGCCCUACCGGUGGCUAAUCUCCACGGGAUCCCCUCAGAUGUGCAAAGUGGUUCCUUCCUCCACACAUGAGCCAGGUGGCAUAAGGUGGGGAAAUCGAACUGCCCGGCAGGAUCAGGGUAGAGCCACAAUAAACGAAGGCUACAAAAAAUGACUCAUAUUUAGCCACUGGGAGGUUCUUUUGGCCGACCUGCGGCAGAGGGCGCCAGUCGCGCCUCCGUUGGUUUCCUGUGGCUUCCUCAUCUCCAAAAGGAGUGACAGUCCCACUCCACGUGGUGGGUGGCACCAAGACAGAGAGAACCCUCCUAGGUAGCCCCUAAGGCGAUGGCAGGUGGACUUCGGCUCACCUUUGUCACACCUUUGGGUCGCGGGGAUGCCAACCCUCGGGCUUGGCCCCACCGGGUUGAUAGGAGUCUGCCCGCUUCCUGUCCGAGCUCGCUCAGCUCCUUUACCGUGCACCUCCCUAGGCUCGGUUCAGCUCCCCGGUCCCAGCGGGUCCCAGACUCCUUUCGUCUUUUGCUCAGGUCCAGCUCCUCGAGUGCUCACACAAACCCACCUCCGACAUCCGGAGGCGUGAAGUUGCAGGGCGGACUGAACAGAGAGCAGAGUUCGGAAGAGGGGGUUCGGUGUGGGCGUGUCCGGAUUAGGACCUGGGGUGUUCAAGGUCCCCUAAAGGUGCACCUGCGUUCCAGGGCACCGACAACUUCUGGAUCAGUCCCCGCCCGCGGCCCUUGCGAGCGAGGUUGCUGUUUGCUCAGGAGGACGGGCCGGAGGUGGCGCUUCUCUGCCUGGACAGCGGAUCCGGGUGGCACCUGCAGCCAAGCACCCCGCCGGCUCAAGCCCCAUGAUCUCGCCAUGAGAGAGCCACGCAAGGGCUUUGGGGCUCGCCUGGCCCGGUUCUUGACUGGACUAGGGGGCCGAAGGGAACGCAGGGGCAAGAUCUCAAAGGAGACCAGACUCCCGGAUAGGCCCUGGGGUGGCCAGAGCUGCCCUGACCUUGCUCAGGAUCAGGGCAGCAACAACAAUGUCAGCCUCAAGGUCCAAAGCAAAAGCCAUUCAGAAUGGGACCUUCAGGUCGGGAGCCAUGGUGGUUUCUGGAGUCGGAAGCUACUGCACAUCUCAGGAAGACGAAGCGAACCCCUGGGGAGGCUACAGAGGCCAGCCGUGGGCAGUGCCUGUGACUUGGCCUGCUGUGGCCCUAUGGAGCAUGAGUGCCCAGCACCAGCAGGCUCUGCGGAAGCCAUUGAUGGUGUCAGUCAUUCCUCUUGCCCAGAGCCUGCUCCUUCUUGUUUGAAAGAGGAAUCCCCAGGCUACAACUGCCAGCACCCCCAACAUAGCACCCCAGAGGUUCUGCUGAGACCAGAGAUAUCCAGCAACCUGGAAGAGGCACCCCUACUGCCCCACCCAGUGUCGUUCCUCACAGAAGCAAGGGCAAAGGGCAAGCCUGACACCCCAGAGCCAGCCCAGCCAGAGCCAGAGCCACUAGGUACUGGUCCCUGUGUCAAAAGGACCCGCUACCACAUCACUGUCACCCUGCAGGGGUGCGGGCAGGCACCUGGGGAGGAGGGUAAGGAACCGGCCAGACCAGAUCUCCACCCCUGUGGCCCCGAGGAAUCCAGGGGUUGGCAGGAGCCUCCCCAUGAACUCCGCCCCAUCACUGGGUGUCCAAUCAACCUGCCUGAGGAGUCACGGCUGAGUGUCCCACAGCAUCAGGAAAGCAAGGCCUGGCAGGAGCUCAGAGAAGGCUGGGAGCCUGGAUCCCCACACAGCAGGGAGCUAGACCACAGUGUGACAAGGACAUCUCAGGUUUUGCUGGGGCCCAACAUGGAAGAGACAGUUGGGACCCCAGCUGGCGCCGAGGCCCGAGUGGUAAGCGCCACACUGACAUGGCGCCAACGGCCCCCUGUCCAGGAAGAGACCAGACAUCGAUUCCACAAAGUAUCCCUGGUGUCGGGUCCUCGGAUGGAAACCCCUAAGGAGGACGUGUUGGAGCAUAGCUUCCGGAGAGAAAUCAAUGGCUUUGUUAAGAAAGAAGACAAGACUAUAAAUUGUCAAGGUCCUGGGGAGGAGCCUGGAUCCACGAAUUUUCAAAGCCACGGGCCCAUUUUUUCCAAGAAAUAUAUUCCACCCCCCAAGGAGAAAAGGCCAGUGGUGAGGAUACAGGAGGCUGUGGAUUGGGGUGAUAGUGGCCCCCAGGCUCCCAGGACUGAGCCACCAGGCGUGGGAUCCAUGGCUAGGACUGAACUAUUGGUGCCCUUGCCCGGGCCACGUGAGCCGAGUCCCCAUCCCAGUGUGGGUGUCACGAGCGGGGGUUCCAGGAACCGUGAGGAAUGGCGCGUGACUCGCACGGUGAGGACCACCACCACUACGGUGGUAGGAGGGCAAGUGGACCGCCGAGUGAGCAGUUCUGUGAGUGUGGGGCCCUCGAUGUCAGGCGAGACCCUGCCGAGGGGCCGCAACGUGACCCGAACCAUCCGGGCGGUGGUGGUGAACCCGAGAGCCGAGGACACACCUGGCCGCAGCCAGUCUCUGGACGCACCCAGUCGCAGUCAGGCCCUGGAACUGCUGAGCAACCUCGUACCGGCUGAGCGCAGCCCUCCAGCCAGCCGGAUCCCAAGGCUCACCGGACUUACUUCAAGGGGCUCAGCCCUCGGUGGCACAGUGGGAACAACCCUGGGACAGCUACUUGAGACUAGCACAACCGAACUGAAGAACAGCCCAGCCCUGACACCAGGAGGCAUCCCCGUGGUCGAUCAUCGCACUCAGAACCUAGAUGAUCCUGCAGCCCUCCCAGUCCAAGACCAAAGCAGUGUCUCAGAUGCCAGAGCUGGGGAAUCUUCAAGGCUGCAGGGAGCCUCCAGUCCUGUCCUGCUCCCCAACCAGACUUCUCAUAACCACCUGCCAACACCCUCUUCUCCCAAGCUCGAGACCCGUGCCUCCUCCCUGGUGCAUCCUCCAGAGCAGCCAGUGGUACCCACACACCUCAAAGCGCAGCCCAUGCCUCAUGUCCUGCCCCCUGUGGAAGAGAAGUUUGCAGGUCUCCCCACCGCCCCUGUUCUGCCUGUGGCGAAAGAUGGGGUUACAAUUCCUGAGCACCCCCCUAGUCCAUCCUCUGUAAGGAGGAAAGCUGUCCCUAGUCCCCAAGGCCUUUCUGCUCCGGCUUCACCAAAGAAUAAGUUUGUUCAGGACCCUGAAAACAUGCCUGUUUUUGUUCUUACUCAGAAAGAGGAUAUUCCGGGUCCUAGUGUUCCUGCCCACUCCCACAUCCCCAAAGAGGUUGUGAAGGCCCCUGGUGCUUCCACUGCCUCAUCCUCCAGUUCAGCCAAGGUUGUAGAAGAAGGUGCUUCCAUCAAGAAGGAGGAUGGCCAGGACGCUUUAGAUAGCCCUUCCCAUUCCCUUCCUUGGAAAGAGACAGCUGAAGGCCCCACUGCCCCGACUCCCCAGACCCCCAAACAGGAUGAAGUUGUCCAGGAUUCUCAAGGAAACUCUUUCUCAUCACCUACCCCAAAUGAAGGUCCCCAGAGCCCUGCCAGGACCCUUGCUCCAUCCUCUUCAGAGGCCAAGGUGUCCCUCAGUCUAGAAGGCUCUCCUGCCCCAAAGCCAGUGGGAGCAGAGACCAACAUGGCGUCCCAGUUCACCCCAGACUCCACUGAGGGGAAUGAGACCACAGACCCAUCUAGGGAGGAGGAUGAAGCAGCCCUGACUGCCGACCUGGAGAUUUUCCUGGAUACCUUGCGGAGCAUGGAACCCCCUGAGAUCCUCCGAACUCACCGACUGCCCCGAGCUCCCCGUUCCUCCUACCUGGCCAUGUAUGCCACACUGCCUGCCAUUGAGGAGGAUCAGCUGAGCCCAUCCUUUCCAAGACCCAGUCCCCAGGAGGAACCUGCGUUGGAAGAGGAGGAGGAGGAGCUGGAGAACCCUUACCUGAGCGAUGAUGAGAAACUCCAGCUCAGGCAGGAGAAAGCAGGGCCCAGUCCCGCCCUGGAUGCCGACCCGCCCAAGCCUGCUAAGGUCUCCUGCUCUCCUCUGGAGAUGAUGAAGAGGCAUACAGCAGAUCAAGGUCCCGGACCUCAGCCCAGCAACCGGCCUGCUUCCCGCCUUGGAGGCAGCCUUCUCUUUGGCAGUCUGGUGCCAGCCAACAAGGACAUCCCUACCCUGGAACCUCUAGGUUCAAAAUUAUCUGCUCUGCCACCCCAUGGAGCUCCAGGGGUCAGGAAGGUGCUGGGACAAUUACCCCUGCUCUGCAGUGGAAGGCCACCACCAGAGAAGCCAGCACCUACCCAACCCCUGGAAGGGUGGAGUCCAGCACUGAAGACUCAGGGCAAGCUGAACACCAGGCCUGGGAAGGUGAUGCUAUUCUCAGAGCCUGGCUGCCAGGGCAGAAGCAGGGAAAUCUGGGGAGACAUUGCGGAUACCUCAGGCUGGACCCCUGUUGCCUCCGUGAGGGUGGUGCGAGGCUGCUGGAUACUAUACGAACAGCCAGAGUUCCAAGGCCAGAAGGUGGUUCUGCCUGAAGGGGAUGUGGACAUCAGCACCCUGCCAUCCACUUGGAGUACCCCAGGCAUCGGCUCCCUGAGGAGGGCUGUGCGGGACUACCGCACCCCAGGGAUCAGCCUGUUCUCUGAGGAGGGCCUCAAGGGCCAGCAAGUGAUGCUGACAGGGGACUUGAAAGACUCUCAAGGUCUAGAGAGACCCCUACAGGUGGCAUCUGCCACUGUCUCUGCAGGACUGUGGCUGCUAUACCCCAAACCAUUCUUUGAAGACACUCCCCAUAUCCUAGAACCUGGAGAGUACCCUACUUUGGAGGCCUGGGGUACAUCACACUUCAGUGUAGGCUCACUAAAGCCCAUGAGAUUGGGUUGCCCGAGCGUCGAGAAGCCAGGGGAGCCCAAGGCUGUGGUAUAUGAGGCCCCAGAUUUUCAAGGGCAGAGCUGGGAAGUGAGCAGAGACAUCUACAACCUUCGGCAGCCAGAGGAUAGCCGGAGCCCCCAGCUGACAUCUGUGGGGUCUCUGCGGAUCCUUGGGGGCUGCUGGGUGGGCUACGAGAAGGAGGGAUUCCGGGGCCACCAGUACCUGCUGGAAGAGGGCGAAUAUGCUGACUGGUCACAGUGGGGAGGCUAUGAUGAGUUCCUGACUUCCCUGCGGGUCAUCCGGACGGACUUUGGAGACCCGGCCGUGGUGCUGUUUGAGGACACGGACUUCCAGGGGCACUACGUGGAGGUCAGUUCCGCUUUGCCAGAUGUGGAGCUAGCGCAGCACGGACCCAGCACGCAAGCCAUCCACGUGCUCAGCGGCGUGUGGGUGGCCUACGAGCAGGUGGGUUUCUCCGGCGAACAGUACAUCCUGGAGAAGGGUGUGUACCGCAACUGCGACGACUGGGGCUCCGGUAACAGCGCCCUUGGCUCCCUUCAGCCCGUUGUGCAGGUUGGAGAGAGCGAUCUUCACUUUGUCUCGAAGAUUCAGCUUUUCUCAGGCCCCAACUUCCUGGGCGACCACAUUUCCUUUGAGGAUGACCAGGCCUCUCUGCCCGCUUCCUUCCAUAUCCAGUCAUGCCGGGUCCAUGGUGGCAGCUGGGUCCUGUUUGAGGAGAAGAACUUUGAGGCGGACCAGCACAUUGUGUCAGAAGGAGAGUUCCCGACUCUCACAGCUAUGGGCUGCCUGGCCUCCACGGUCCUGGGCUCUCUCCGGAAGGUUCCCUUGCACUUUUCAGAGCCUUCCCUGUCCCUCUUCGGCCUGGAGUGCUUCGAGGGCAAGGAGAUCGAGUUGACCGGGGAGGUGCGAAGCCUACAGGCCCAGGGCUUCAACAACCACGUGCUGUCUGUGCGCGUCAAGGGUGGCGUCUGGGUGGUGUGUGAGCACAGUGACUUCCGGGGACGACAGUGGCUAGUAGGUAGCUGCGAGAUCACCAACUGGCUGACCUACAGCGGCACCCAGAGGGUGGGCUCCCUCUACCCCAUCAAACAGCGCCGAGCCUACUUCCGCCUCUGGAAUGCGGCGCUAGGGGGAUUCCUGUCAGUGCCUGAUCGCGUGGAGGACAUGAAAGCAGGCCGUGUGGUGGUCUCUGAGCCCCGAGCUGGGGGCAGCUGCGUCUGGUACUAUGAAGAGGGACUGCUGAAGAACCAGGUGGCCCCCACUAUGAGCCUACAGGUGAUUGGACCUCCUAGCCCAGGCUCCAAAGUAGUACUUUGGGCCGAGAGCCGCCUACCACGCCAAACUUGGAGCAUCAGUGAAUUGGGUCACAUCUGCAGCCAGAUGUUUGAAGGCCAGAUCCUCGAUGUGAAGGGUGGCCGAGGUUAUGACCGGGACCACGUGGUGCUCUGGGAACCAACCAAGGACAGGCCUUCCCAGAUCUGGACUGUCUACGUACUUUGAACCAGUUCCACCCCAUUUCCUGCUGCUUUUGCUGGGAUGAAAUGUUUUUUAUAGAUCUUGUGCUGUAACAUCAGCUGUUUUCUAUCA